AUGCCUAACGUGAGACUUGAAACCGCGUACUUGAAACGUAGCUCCAAGCCGGUUCGCCUCCAAGGCAGGUCUUGUGGGAUAUGUUUAAAAAUAAAAGUGCUCAGCUUGAAGCUCCGCCAGCAUAAAAACGAAUACCGCCAUCUUCGCAAUCGCGGGCAGUACAAUUUUCCGGCGCGGUUCCCGCAAUGGAAGGAGAGUGGGAGACUGCGCUGGUUUACAGAGCGCCCUCCGCGCGCGUCGGGCGCCGCCGCCGCCGUGGUGUUUUGCGCUGCCUGGGCGGCGGGGAACGACCUGCGGCGGGCGGGCGGGCGCAUUCCAGCGGCGGCGCCGGCGACGGCCAUGGGGCGUUUACGGCCUGGGCGCCGCGCGGCCCGUCGCAAUAAACGCCAGCGACCCCGCGCCGCCCGCCUGGCGCCCCACCGGCACGACGCCGCGCCGAGCGCUGUCCUCGCCGGCCACGACGCCCGUGCCCUCCCUCUUGUUCGCUCGCUUGCCCACUCGGCCGCUCAUUCACUUGCUCGCUUGCCUACCCGCCCACCCGCUUGCAUGCCCUUCCACCCGCUUUUCUCCCCACUUGGCCAUCCUCGUGCCCGUCACAGGUGGGCCAGCAGCCUCCCCCCUGUGAAGAAGAGAGACAGCGGCGGGGUGCAUAGAACGGUGCGUCUUAUGACGCAGGACAAAGAUGACGUUCACCAAGGGGUCUCUCGACUGCCGGAGCGCUCUGCGCGGCCACGCAAUCACCAUCACCGUCACCAGCGACGCCGUCACCGCCAGCCCGGCCUGGAAGAGGAGCACGCGUCGACGCCGCGAGCGCUCGCCGACGCCGACGCCGUAAACAUGUAGGGGAGGCGGCGGGCUACGAACCCGGGUCGGCGGCGGCGCGCACGCCAUCCUGUGCUGCAACGAGCGUCUCUGCAGAGACACUUCAACGAACCCUCAUCAAGCAAGGAAUUGGAAACCUUCGACAACAUUGCCAUUCCACUAUGUUAGUGGUUGCUUGUGAAUGGUCCCAGUGAAUCCUCUCAAGUGUAACUAAUAAAUAUUGUCCUCUUUGUUUGUUUUAGGCUUAUUUUUAUACUUUCAUUGGGACAAUAAAUUAUUAAAUAAAAUUGUGUAAAGCUAAAAUUCGAAAACAAAAUGUAUUCCGUUUCUUGUGGCAACUACUAUUUCUGUUUUACUUUCUCACCUCACGAAUUUCUUUGUAAGAAGAGAAAGUUAUGUAAUCAUGCGGAAGAAAACGGCAAAUUUUCGCCAUAAAAACUCUUACUGUGAACACCAAAGUGGUUAAAUUUUUAAGAUGUUUGUUUUGAAGUGAACUUGCUAAAUAUAAAACUCAUAGAUAUGGACGAUUUAUGGUUUAAAAUAUAUAUCUGUAAAUUAUAUACUUAAAUCAAUGUUAUACGAAAAACUCACGCGUUUUCUGUACAUGGGUCAUGUGCUCACGCAAACCGUUUGGUAGAUGGUAUAAUUAUGAAUAGCAUCUAUAAAUAAUUUUCUUGCGUAAAAUCAUGUAUAUUAUUUUAAGAAAAUAGAUUCAAGUGUUCACAG